CCUUCGUCAGUUCUGCUUUCCGUUCGAGACUGUAAUGAGCGCAUGUUGAAGUCGCUCCCCGUUGGGUCGCUGGUGUUCUGACUGAAAUCGCGAUACAUCGCGCCGUCGUUCUAUAUAGGUAACUGCAACUAGUAUACUGGCAUACCGGGGAUACACGUCAACUAUUCGAGCCAUCAUCAUCAACAUCCAGCGAGCAAAAGAUUCGUGACUAGAAUUGUUUCGCGUUCUGCUCGUUUACCUUUGUUCCUCAAGUUCUGCGGCUAGACCGUAUGUGUGAGCGUAAACAGUAGCUAUCCAACCUCCUCUCGUUGAUUCUGUUAUGGUCUCGUGUUCUGGAAUUUGAAGCCACUUGUUCUGCGGUGCGGCGGCUGAAAGUUUACUACUUUCGAAUACAACAAUACCCAACCGUCCAAGUUGUAUCACCUGCCUAGGAAGAAACGAACGCAAGUUUUUCUGCAUUCUGAACGUACGGAAGGUCCGUUAAGUUGACCAUAGUGUGUUGUGCAUCGUCAUUUCCUGCGUUCCACGGAGAGCAAGAGCUCCCCAAGAAUAGUGAAGAAAAGACGCAAAGCUGUUGUCGUCGAGCGAUCCCACAGAUCGAUUUGUGCUAAAUUGAUUUUCCAACCUUUCGUUAGUUAAGGUUCUCUCAGUGCAUCGCGCGCGCAUAAUCUCCGCCUCGUGAAUCGUGAAAACGCGUUCUCCUCGCUCGGUGCCGCGAAUGGAUUGAUGACAUUGAAACGGGAACGUGAGUGCAGAAGAUUUUUUGGAAGGGGGCAACUACUCAGUGGAAAAAGUGCCUACGUGUUAGUGUUGGUUUAGAGCGGAGUUGCAGUUUAUCGGAUCUCGUUUUGCCGGAUUGUCGUUUCGCCGCCAGCGAGCAACUUGACGCAUUCAAAUCCAUAUCGAAAGUGUGGACAGCAUUUUGCCAAUUAAUGUGGCAACUGGGCUUAUUGCACAAGUAAAAUCGUAUGCGUGACACAACCGCCACCGCUGCCAUAUAGGAGCACGACGACGCGGAUAAAACCAUUUAGGCGAUUCAGACUUUAAACGGCCUCCGAAGGAGAUUGUACGAUUGGAUACUUUUAUCAGCUGCAGAUGCAAUAUUGAGGUGCGGACUCGGUUCGGAUCAAAAGUAUAAGCUAUCACCCGUUCGAAACGACAGCAGAUGAAUCGAUUCCUCCGAUACGAAAGGGACCCCCGGCGAUCUUGCCAUUAGGAAGGCGCUAGGCGAUAAGCUAGUUGAUGCAACUUCAAAGAUUCAUAUUCCCCGGACAACUUCUUGUGGCAACUGAUUCUGUUUCCAGUUUCUGAAGUUUUGAAGAAAAACGUGACUGCCGACUGGAAUUGAAUGGUAGGCUUCUUUGGUGCGAAGUUAGUGCUGUUUAACGUGCUGUUCUAAAAGUGUGAGGAAUUUGCGCCAGCAACAGCAGUCAGAGCUCGUUUCGUGUGCUAGUGAACGAGAAAAACGUGAUUGUGUGUGAAGGAAUAUCAUAAAUGUUAAUUGUGAUUGAAAUUACGCUAACACACUUUGUUGCUUCGCGCGGUGGCUACGGGAAAUUGGUACAUAUCUCUGUCGAAGGCUGAGUUUCCUCCAACCAUUCUUUUUUGAAUGCAAGUCAGUGGGUUGUAAGUUAGCAGAAAAAAAUCUCACACAGCGUGUAACGUAUGACGGAAAGUCAAAGUGGAGUGCAAAACCGAGUGGCAACGUCUGUGGGAUGGAAAAUAUCACCGAAGAAAAGGCACGGCAAUUGUAAGCGGAAAAGUUUUAACCGGUGCAACCGAGAGUAGAAAUCUGGGGCCUCUAUACCUGUUUUGCUCAUUUCUAAAGAAUGUCAGUGGAAUGAAGUGGUGUGAAUGUUUGCUUGAUUUACACGCAACGGGAGAACUGAAGAGAGAAGACGUAAAGCUCGAAGAAAAAUCAACAACAAAGCAGCAUAUUUUUGCAUGGAUUUUCUUCAGCCCAACGAGUGCAGUGCAAUUUUACACUACCGACCAACGCUGGAUGAGAUAAUCACAACGGAUACACUCUAACACAAUUCGCCCAAGGGGUAGAGAAAAAACGUAAAGAAAACAAAUAUUCCAGUAACAUACGUACACACCCAUUUGCUAUUGGGAGAAAAAAAACGGAUCCGCAGAACGAAAUAUAUACGCACUUUACCUAGCUUAUUUCAAGCCAGCACACAUAUCGCCCCGGAGCAAUCAUUUUGCCGGGCUGAUAGAGCGAUAAAUAUUGAAUUAGUUCAGGAAUUACAACACAUUGAGCAUCGAACCAUGAAAGUGAUAGGAAAUAAAGACUUAUAGUGAGAUAGCGUUACAUUGGAUUCAUCAAACAGGAGAGAUAAACGAUGGACUUUUUUAAUGCACGCUGUGUACUUAAUUACUGUUAGUCAAUACGAUUGAAUAAGAUACAAAAGUAGCCGGGGUCCGGUGCUAAGGUCAAGCGAACGCCGCCGUCCACAGAGUAUAUCGUCGUCCACCUCCACGCUACUGCCCCGUGUGGUUCUGAAUCGCAUCGACCCCCGCGAGUUUGAGCGCAUCAGAGUCUCGUACAAGGUUGCCAUCCGGAGCACCCGCAGCAGUCGUACCAGCAGCGGUGCCCACCCUGGUAUGAACAUGGGCCAAAAGAUCAGCGGAGGUGUCAAAACGGUCAGCAGCCGCGACCAACCAUCGCCAUUCAUUCCGAAGAUCCCGCGCGAACUGGCGGCGCACUUCCAGCGACCGGCCCGUCUCGAUCUCCUGCUCGAUAUGCCCCCGGCCGCCCGGGAAACACAGAUCAAAUACUCCUGGAACUCGGAGGACCGCUCGCUGAAUGUGUUCGUAAAGGAAGACGACAAGAUGACAUUCCACCGGCACCCGGUGGCACAGAGCACAGACUGCAUACGGGGCAAGGUCGGCUUCACCAAAGGGCUGCACGUGUGGGAAGUGUUCUGGUCGACGCGGCAGCGAGGCACACAUGCUGUGAUCGGUGUGGCCACAUCCGAGGCACCACUCCACUCCGUAGGUUAUCAAAGUUUGGUCGGCUCGAAUGACCAGAGCUGGGGCUGGGACCUGGGGCGCAAUAUGCUGUACCACAACUCGAAAACCUGCCCCGGAGUCACAUACCCUGCGAUACUUAAACCAGACGAAACCUUCCUAGUGCCGGACAAAUUCCUAGUAGCGUUAGACAUGGACGAGGGAACGCUCAGCUUCAUCGUCGAUGGCCAGUAUCUGGGGGUGGCGUUCCGGGGGCUCAAGGGACGAAAGCUGUACCCGAUCGUGUCCGCCGUCUGGGGGCACUGCGAAAUCACCAUGAAGUACAUCGGUGGCCUCGAUCCCGAACCACUGCCACUGAUGGACCUGUGCCGGCGAGUCAUCCGCCAGAAGAUCGGUCGGACGCACAUGGAGGAGCGCAUCGAACAGCUCCAGCUGCCACAGUCGAUGAAAACCUAUCUGCUGUAUCGGGAUCGAAGAUAAUAGACAACCCAAAAGCCGACUAUUAAUUAUUUAAUAAUAAUUAUUAUCGCUUAUUAUUAUAAUUAUUGGCUAGAUAUUAAUUUUCUCCACCUCCUCCUCAUCGUCCACCACCGCCACCGGAUUCGACUGAUCGGAAAAUGAAACGACAGCCGUAACAAGAAAAGCGAAACCGCAAACUGAUGAUCCAGAGAACAUAACGAAAAAAGUUUAGCUCUUUGUGAUUUGGGCGAGGAUCGAACUCUGAGGUUCGUUCAAUCUUUCGCGGAGUAGUGCUAUCCGAGUUCGAAUGGUUAGGGAGGAAACGAUAGGUCUAUUUUGCAAGUAACUGACACAAACUCUGUGCGAGUAAGGAUAUGAUUUUCCCCACAAUCUCACAAUUUUUUUAAAGUAAUACGGACUCUGCGAUAAGUAAAAUCUAAGGAAAUAGUAACUUUAGGAGAAAACAGUAAAAACUACAGAUGCAAAAUAACAGAAAACUAAGUAUAUAUAUUGGAGAAAAAUAUAUGAAAAAGGCAAAAAAUAUUUUCACUUUUAGAAAGCUGUAAAAAGGUCGGAAGAAACAUUGUAAGAUAGACGAAUCGAAAUCAAAAGGCGCCAGCACUUUUUUGAUUUUAGCAAUUGUAAAAAAUAUAAGAGAGGAAAAUGGCUGACUUACCCCCCUUUUAUCCGUUAUUUUUUGUCCCCACCCUCACACCCCUCCCCUCUUCGAGUAAAUGUAAACCAAUCCCCCCAGAUAACGAUUACACUUUGAAAAACACAAAACGGUGGAAACAAGAUGUGUUCUGUUUUUUAAGCUUUUAAUCUGUAUAGUAAAACCUAGGCGUCAGAAACGAAGGAUCCGAUAUGAACUGAAAAAAAACUACCAGAACAAAUAGAAAGAAUCACAACAACCGACAAGAAUCACUGAAACAAGAAUGCUACUUCUUUUUUGCAUUUAUCGCCUGAAGCCACGAGCCGAAGGUGAUCUCCGUUCUUCCAAGAUCUUGAUAUAAGGCUCAAAAAAGGGAGGAAACGAACAAUAAAAACCAACGCAAAACCGCAGAAUGGGACUGACCGCUGAGGACGCGUCCGUUCUCGUCUUCUAAGGCAAUAAUAAGCGCGUUAAGAAAACAGGCCAGAACAAAGUACUAUUUAUUAACACUUCCGAACGGAACGGAACGAAACCGACUAAAGAAGCAUCACGCACGGGUCGAUCAGUUAGUUGAUCGACCGGAAAUGUGCAGAAUGAUCGAAAGAGACAAGCAAGAAACCACAAGCAACAAGAACAAGACAUAAAAUAUGGAAUCCGUGUGAUUUUUUUUUUAUUAUUUGACGUGAUUUAAACUUAGAUUCAGUAAUUAAACUUUAUUAGGAUCAAGUAAGCAGGUGGGAAGAGUGAGUGCAGGCAAUGCGAGUGAGCGAUCAGUAGUGAACAGAUGGAAACCGCGUGGAGUCGAGAAAUCUUAGGAUCUUAAGCGUUUGAUAGGCGAUAGCGAGUGAGUGCGAUCGGGUACUUUGAUCGAGCAUCUGACUAGGCUCAUGUUUUCCAAUUUGGGACAGAAUGAGUGAGGAACUGGAAUGAGCGGUGCCGUGCGAAUGCGAGAGGCUCAGUCAAUGUGCGACUAUUCUAGCAGUAUAGGGAAUACGAAUAAUUAAAACAAAAAAAAAACUAUCGAACUAGUAGGAGAAGAUCACAGAAUAUUUUGAUUAUACGUCGAAACAAUGAACAAUCGGAAUCGGAAAUCAAGGAAGUGUCUAGGUUUGAGUCGGGCAGGAAGCCUUCUCCCAGCUCAGCUCCUUCCGGAAGCGGGAGCACGGCAGCUGCAUCUAUUCGUGGAUAACGCUCUUGUUUUUGAAGGGCACGCUUCCAACUGCAAUUCUUAAAUCUAAGAACAACGCGAUCGAAAAUCUCAACGGAAGAAGGCAACAGCACCCGACUGAAUUCCGACCACAAUAAUGAGAAUAACUUGAAUGAAUCUUUUACUCGCAAGGAAUUUUCCUAUCUUCAGAAAAAAUCAAGUUUUAUUUCAUUUCAAACUCAUUUGGCAGCUUUAAGCGUCGGGUCAAUCUUCCUCAGUUCGAGCAGCAAUCAUCUAAGCUAAUUUAUUGUUAACUGGAAAUUUUAGUUGCCAUAAAUGAAGUCGACCUCAAACGAAACAGCCACUGUAAUGCCACCGUGCACUUAGAGACAAAUCCAACGAGAGGAAGAUACCCGCACUAAAUUUUGCAUUCUUACUUUUCGCAUUAUUUUCUUAAAAUUCUCGCUCGAAACCCAUUUAGGCAGUGAAAAAGUCUCGACAGGAACAAAAGAAAAACCGAACAAAAUUGUGAAGUGAUUUUUUUUAGUUAUUAUUUUUAGGUUUCUUUGUAUAAAAAUCUCCCUUCUUCUGUUUAACCGCUUCUUUGUUCAAUUUAUUUUCAUUUUUGAUUAUAUAGUAUAAAAACGAGAAAUAGUCAAAAUAUAGAUAAAUGAUUUUUA